UUGACGCAAGAGGGACCGUCUGCCUACAUGGGAAUCAAAACAUUGGUCAGUUCUCGCCGCUCAGUCAAAGGUGGGUGACGUGCAGCGCCAUGACCUCCGUCCCGCAGAAUGCCCCGGAGCACUGCCCUGGCACCAACAGCCAGGAUGCGGGGAAGGCAGACGCCUGUGCUGGCUGUCCCAACCAGCAGGUGUGUGCCUCGGGAGCUGCUGCUGCUCCAGAUCCAGACCUGGCGGUGGUGAGGGAGCGCCUGGCAUCCGUCAAGAACAAGGUGCUGGUGCUGUCUGGCAAGGGAGGUGUGGGCAAGUCCACUGUGAGUGCCAUGCUGGGCCGCGCCUUGGCCCUCGACGACUCCAAGGAGGUGGGGAUCCUUGACAUUGACAUCUGUGGGCCGUCUCAGCCACGGGUGUUGGGGGCAGCAGAGGAGAAGGUCCACUCUUCAGGUGCUGGCUGGUCCCCUGUGUAUGUGUCUGACAAUCUGGCUGUCAUGUCCAUUGGAUUCCUGCUCAACAGUGCAGACGAUGCUGUCAUCUGGAGGGGACCCAAGAAAAAUGGCAUGAUCAAACAAUUCCUGCGUGAUGUGGACUGGGGUGCCCUGGACUACUUGGUGGUGGACACUCCCCCAGGCACCAGUGACGAGCACCUCAGCAUUGUGCAGUACCUCUCCGCUGCACCUCCUGUCGCUGCUGUAGUGGUGACAACACCUCAGGAAGUGGCUCUGCUGGAUGUGAGGAAGGAAAUCACAUUCUGCAGGAAAGUGAACAUUCCCAUCAUUGGCCUGGUGGAGAACAUGACCACCUUUGUGUGCCCCAAGUGUAAGACCAAGACGGCCAUCUUCCCUGCCACUACAGGGGGUGGCCCCCAGCUGGCAGAGGACACUGGGGUGCCACUGCUUGGCCAGCUGCCACUGGACCCCCGGGUGGCCCAGGCGUGUGACGAAGGCACCAACAUUCUGACACAAGAGCCAGAUGCUGCUGUCACUCAGGCAUACAAAGACAUUGCAAACAAAAUCAAGGAGUACUGUGAAGCACAGUCCCAAGAAGCCACUUGACCUGCAGCAGCAGCAGCAGCAGCAAUCAUCAUCACACUAACCAACACAUUCUACAGAAAAGUCUUGUCAUUCAUGCAGAGGUUUAUUUUUUACAUUUACUUCUUAAAUCCAUAUUAUUAACAUCAGUCAGUAUUUUCUUUACAAAUUGUGGCAGCCUUAUUCAUCAUUCAUCCAUAAUUCAUACCAGAAAGUUUGGAUGAGAAUAUAAACUACAUAUUACAACAGUAUCCAACAAAGUAGUUGUUGCCUUGCCAUCUUGUUAAAAAAAAAAAAAAAAAAAAAGCGAUGUUUGGUCUAAUCCUUCACGGUAUCUCCUUGCCUUGGUGUGCUGAGGCUGCAUGUGGAUGUAAUUUGAUAAUCAUGCAGACAUACAGAAUAAAAAUUUCAGACUCAAUUGAGGGUUGAAACUUUUUAAGGUUCUGGAUUACUGGAGGCUUUGGCAGCAAUUACUUUGUUGGAUGCCAUUCCUGUGCACGUUAUGAACCAUCACGUCUUAUCUUGGAGAUGAAGGUUUAGUAUAUAAUCGUGAAUUGGAAAAAUACUUUACUUUUAAAAAUCUUACAGUAAGUCCACAUAAAAGUUAGCAUACUGUAAAGUGUUACAAACAUUUAUAUCAAAAUGAGAGAAAAGAUACUCAGUGAUGUUAUAUAUAGUGCAUGACUUGUAGUGGGGAUAACACUUGUACUGUCACUCUGGAAUGUCACACACUAACACCAAAAACAAUCAAGGAAAUGCCAACAUAGAUUC